AUGAUGGUCAACUGGGUGUUCUCCUCCUCCUCUUCAUCUUCAUCUUCUUCUAUUGUGCUCAACUGGGCACCUCGAAACCUCUUAAAUUCCAUUUCUAACUUCUCUUGGCCUCUUCUCUCCCUCCUCCUCUGCUUCGCCUCUGCAGCCUCCUCGCACAGUCUUUCAAGCAUGAGAAAUUUCCUUAAAAUAGAUGAGCACUCGCAAUCUUCAUAUUCAUAUUAUCUACUUUUAAUCCCAUCUUCUACUUUCUUCUGCACUGCCUUCUCACUCGUAUUCUCCCGUUCUAUUCUAUUCUCGAUCUGCUCCAACUCUUCAUACUCCUCACGCAAGCUUUCGAGGGAUGGAAAUUCUCCCAAGUUAGAGGAGCAUUCGCUGUCGGUGUCUUCUCUACCUUCAAUCUCCGCUUAUAACUCCUUCUUCUUCACUAGAUUCCCAUUCGUCGUCACUUAG